AUGCCACGGAUCAUGCCGGCAGGCAUUCAGCUUAAAUUACUAGUGGAUAUGUUAGCAAGAUAUACUGUUCAUACUGAUCCAGAUGUGAUAAAGUCGGCUUCGAGUGCUCUUCUACGUAUUGCAGCUCAAAUUGAUAGUAAGGUCGUCGUAGUAGCAUUUGCUGACUUCAUAUCAAAGAUAGAAGAUAAGUUUUCAGACGUGGUUCAAUCAUUAGCCAGUGGACCAUUACUGAUAACAGCCACAGGCGGAAGUAGUUUGAAUGAGGCUCAUGGUGGUGGCGGUGUACUUAAGCUCUACGUUGAUUUAUUGACAAUUUGGGUCAAUCAUGUAGAAACGACAAAAGGCAGAGGUGACCUUAACGUUAAGAAUUUGAUGGAGUUGGUGAGGCAAACAGAAGCGAAUGGCUUAUUAUUUUUAUGCCACCAAUCCACUUCUGUUCGUCGAUUUGCUACCCAAAUUAUUGAAUUAGCGUCUAAAGUGGCGAGUGGGUUGAACAUUUUUGAAGAUAACAGCAUUGCCAAUAACGAAGUAGCCGAAACAGAAAUGACGAAGGACGAGCAUCAACCUCGUCCAAAAAGUCCAAAGGAAUGGACGCAUCUCAAUCAUUUAUUGGAAUUUGCCGGUCAAAUACUGAUACAGUUUGAUAAAGAUACCAACACUUUAGAAAAUGUUAAAUUAAAUUCAGAUUUACGUAAUAGACUCAUGCAAUAUCAGAAACGCUCUUCAGACCAUGUCCUCAGACAAUUGGCUGAAAGUGAUAAUCCACUCGAUAUCACUAUAUGGAAUAUUUGCUUGCCACGUAUGUUCAAACUCUGUUUUGAGUAUUUUCAACAAGCCACUGCUGAAUGUCGCCGCAAUAUCUGUACUAGACUAUUGCAAAUACAGCCCUCCAUAUCUAUGUGGGUUGAAACAAUGAAAACAAAUACAACAGGCACCUUGAGUAUGGCUAAAAGCAGCAGUGCAAGUCAUAACCGAGCUGCUAGUCCGGAAACAAUAGAACAAUGGCGCAUAUAUCUCAUCUUUGCCUGUGCUACAGCUGUACCCGCUGUAAAUCCUACUGUGUCUUCGUUACCAAUAUGGUCUCAUGUUGGACGGAAAGUAGCAGGCUCCAACAAUAGUCAUAUUGACCGAAUCACUACACCUCGGGAUCUGUUUCGUCUCAUAACACCUUAUUUGAUUUGUGAGCAUCGGCAAAUACGUGAAAGUGCAAUUGAAGGAUUAGGAAACAUCAACCGUAGGGUCCAUAAAUCGCUAAUGUCUGAACUAGAAAGUUAUAUCAAGAUUAUACUUGAUGACGGGAAGCAACGCAGUAAUCAAAAACCAUAUCAAAAUAAACGCAGCAAAAAGAAUGACCGUCUGCGUAUAUCAAUUAUGCAUGUCCUAGAUUUGACAGCUGACUGUUUAAAAGAAAGUGAAGAGGCCAUGAAAGAUAAAGAGUCGAUGAAUAUCAUUAUGAGCUAUAUUAAGGAAACAAAAUCGUUCCUGAUGGAUACUGAAGUUCAAAUGGAGUGGGAGUAUCAAAGAUUGAGAAUUCAUCUAUGUGGUUUAGUGAAAAAACUAUAUGAAAACAUAAUGCGCCUGGAUAACCCAACAUCGCUGAUGUCCUUCGAAAUGAGGCUUAGUCUAUAUAAGAUGUUUGAGGAAUGGUGUGGAUAUGGUGCCACAGCAAAGACUGCUCAGCAACGAGAAGCGACAAUGAUGCACGAGGUAUUAGAAGAAUGUAAAGACCCAAAGGAAAGAGCAGCAAUGACCAAGUUGAUGGAAGAGGAAAGAAGAGCACUCGAAUUUGCCUCCCUGAAUGCCAUGGCUACAUUAUGUCAAGGCCCGCUGUAUGCAUAUUUAGGUCAAAAGAAAGCAAGGCAAGCAAUCAUCCAAUUCGAUACCCUGAACGUACUCCGUUGGAUUGAUGCAAUUUUUGAAAGCCGAGAUCCUAAAUAUCAUGUUAUAGCACGUCGUGCAUUGGAAGCAGUGAUGAUGUACAACGAGGAUCAGUCUGUAUUGCUGGAUGACAUUAUCGAACAAUGUUAUGCCGGUAAUCCGAAACUGGAAUUUACUCAAGGUUAUUUUCAAGCUCUAGCAGACAUUGUAACGAAAGUGGAAGACUAUCCUUGCCAUACCCAUCAAAUAAUGAGUUUAGCUCUAUUCAAAACAGGAGAUGCGAAGAAAGCAAUCCGCAAAACCGCUAUCAAUCUACUUAGAGUCAUUGAAGAACGCGUUUUUGCUGACUCCUGUGCGAAAGAAUAUGAAAUCGGUAUUACCAGUAGUUUGCCUGCCAUUUAUAAGCAUACACAAACCUUAUUAUCAGCACGAUUAGCCCUGGAUCAUCCGGAACAAACAUUCUCUAUGCUGUCUGAAGUAACUCAACGAUUUGAGCAUAUUACACCAAGUUCUCAACGAGAAGUAUUAACGUAUAUGCUUCCUUGGCAUCGGAAAGUUGACUUAUCAAUUGGCCCACACGAUACGGAACUGAGUGCUUCAGCCUAUAUGGUUCUUUCCAAUCUGUAUUAUAUUACAGUUAAAUUUGGAGAUAUUUAUGUCAAGGAAAUAGCAGCCUUAUGGAGCCAAUUGGUAGACUACGGUCGAAAUGCCAGAGCUAUCAUCAUAUACUUAUUGAAUAUGGGCCAGGAAACGCGUAACCCGUGGUUCAUGAUUCAUGCCAAGCGUAUAUUCGUAUGUCUCGGCCGUACACAUGCCUUUCCGAAUAUUAUUGAUGAAGUUAUAGCCGAAAUUGCGCCUCGGUCCAUGGUGCCCCAAGUAAAAGAAGCAAGCCAACGGCAUGCCAAUGCCUUCCCUAUGCUUUUUGUCGCCGAAGCUGACAAAGUACUGCCAGCUUACCCAAAAAAGCCAGUCUUUUCACGAGGGCAGCUUGCUCUUACAUUCUUGGUUGAUCUCGCUAUAGAAGCCGGUGCAGAUUUGGCUCCCCAUUUGCCCUUAUUGUUGCAUUGCAUCUUUGUUCAGCUGGAUCACUUAACAAGUAUUGUUUGCGACCAAUCACGUUGUCUUUUAAUAAAUUUGAUUCACUCUAUCGUUGUACGUCAAUCAAUGGAUACAGAAGCAUCACAAAAAGCGUCCGAAAUUAUACAAUGUCUUGUCAGCAAAGAAGGAAAACGUCUUUGGGCAUAUGAAAAUAUUACACCGACGCAUCGGCGUAUUUCCAGCGCUAAUGAACUUAAAGAUUUGUUACAACGUGUCAUUGAAGUAUUCUCCUAUGAAGAUUGGGAUCUGCGGCAGAAAUGGGGUGAAACAGCUCUCAAAUGGGCUACAUGCUGUUCUGUACGUCAUAUCGCUUGUCGUUCGUUUCAGUGCUUCCGAGCUUUGAUGCCUGCAUUCAACCAACAUAUGCUUGCUGAUAUGCUGGCUCGGCUAUCCAAUACAAUUGCUGAUAAAUCUGACGAUAUUCGAGGAUUUGCUUUGGAAAUUAUAUUAACACUCACUGAAGUUGCUAAAGCCAUGGACAAAGCUCAAAUCGAACAAUUUCCUCAGCUAUUCUGGGCCGCUGUGGCUUGUCUUUACAGUCCUUAUGAAUCAGAGCACUGUGAAGCUUUAUUACUUUUGGAUGUUGUUUUACAGAAAUAUGAAUUAGUGCCCAAGUUGGUUGAAACCUUUCCUAAAGAUUGGUCUAGUGAGUUCGAUGGAUUACAGCCUCUGUUGUUGAAAGGAUUGCAGUUUUCAUCAGCCGAGAAAGAUACAUUUCGCAUUUUGAAGUAUAUUUCAUUGCAGAGUAAUCUGCCACUUAUUGAUCCUACAGAGACGCGGUUAAUGUAUUUGAUUCUAGGAAGUAUCCCAAGGCUACUGCAUGGUUUAGACAACGAAAACGAAAAUGCCUACACAGAAGCCAAAGCAUGGGCUGAGGUGCUUCUCGAGUUAUUGGAAGGAUAUGGUUUGGUUACCAUUCAUCGUGUUUUGAGCACCUACGCUAUUCAGAAAGCAAAAUUUCAGGAGGAUUUCUUAAAACAGAUUUUGGGCAGUAUGCGGGAUAUUUUUCUCCACAAGUAUAUACAGCAGGCAUUUAUGUUUUCUUUGCGUAUGGUGAAGAACAAGAUACCCUAUUACCGCGAAAAGACCUUGCUGCUCAUUGAAAACUUGGUACCAUAUAUCACCGAUCAGUUUAUGCGUCCAGCACAUAUUUCGGAAGCAGAUCUAUCAAUUGAUAUAGCAGCUUUGGAACCUCUAUUACAACUCGUAUCUACAGAAUAUGCCGAUAGAGCACUUGCCAUAUUGAAUUCUGGAAUUAAUACGGUUACUAAUGGUAAUAACAGAAUAAUGAAUGAUGAAAGUGAAUUGAUAUGGGGUUUCAAUAACUUUGCAGCAGCUGCCAAGAUUACCCGGCACAAUAUACAUGCCGUUGUUUUUGAAUGCUCAUUUGUUUCUAACGAGAUACCAUUUGCCAAUAAUAUUCAAUUUUCUGUCGAGGACUUAUCUAUGCUUACAGGCGAGGGCAAUAGCAGUAACAAUCUCGUAACCCAACAGCAUAGUGGUAAUGCGUAUCAGUUGCAAACAGGCGGCUUAACAAACGCACCGGUUGGCUAUGGAGACGAUCUUAUGGAUGCUCUAAAGGAUCUAGACGACUUUUUCAAUGAAGAUGGUGAGCCAGUUCCCUUGAACACAACGAAUAACAAUUUUCAGGACGGUGAUGAUUUUCAAAGAGAAGGAGAGUAUGAAGAAGCAGCCGAUCUAAGCGGCACAUCUUAUUCUGCCACGCCGCCUCAGACUGAUAGUAGCAAUUUAAGUAACAACAAACAUAAUAUCGGUAGCCUAUUCUCAUAA